UAUAUUUCAGAGCCAUCUCUCAGAAUUAGGGUUCGUCUCUCGAUCAAUCGAAAUCACAAUCUCUGCAAUUUCGUUACAAUCCCGGUCAUGGAGAAGAAGACCCUUGAUUUCCCGGAAGAGAUGAAUCCGCCAGUUGUGGUACAAGAAUCAGGUGAGAAUCUGGAUUUGUGUAAACAUAAAGAAGAAGAAGACGAAGAUAUGUUUUUAUCUGUGGAGAAAAUAUCUCGCCUUCCUGUUUCUAUAAAAUUCAAUAUACCAAAGAAAAUUGCUACAAAGAGAAGAAGAAAAUCUGAAGAAGAAGAGAAGAAAGCGAAAUUGAGUUCUGGGGACAAGGUUUUGAGAAGCGAUGAGAUUUUGAGGUUAAGGAAGGUCUCGAGACAAAAGUAUAUGAAGAAUCGAGAGAAGAAGAAGGUGGAUGAGUUUAGGGAUCAGAUAGAAGACGAGGUUUUGUUGAAUGAUGGUGUGAAGAUGACUGAGAAGGAAGUAACUGAGUUUAGGUAUAAGAAAAAGUUGUAUGAGUUGUUGAAGAAAACAGAGGAUGAUGAUGUUGAAGGGUAUAGGAUUCCAGAUGCUUAUGAUCAAGAAGGGUGUAUUGAUCAGAAGAAGAGGUUUGCUGUGGCGAAGGAGCGGUAUUGUGAGCGAAGGAGCGGGAGAGGUGUUACGGAGCAAGAAGCUUGGGAGGAUCAUCAGGCUCAGAAAGCGAGAGUGAGUUUUGGUGCAAAAGAUAAGAAGGGAGUUGUUGAUGGGUUUGAGUUUGUGUUUGAUGAUUUGAAAGGCUUGGUUGAGGAAUAUAGUGAGGCGGAAUCUGGGAAACAUCGUGGUUGUUACUCGAAAACUGUUGGAGAGAAGGCUCGGGAGGAGAGGGAGUUACUUCCGAUUCAUGGGUACCGGGAGGAAUUGCUGAAACUCAUUGAAGAGAAUCAGGUUCUUGUCAUUGUAGGGGAAACAGGAUCGGGUAAGACUACGCAGAUACCGCAGUAUCUUCAAGAAGCAGGUUACACAAAGCGUGGAAAGAUCGGUUGCACUCAGCCUCGGAGAGUUGCUGCAAUGAGCGUUGCUUCCCGAGUGGCUCAAGAGGUUGGUGUUAAACUCGGACAUGAGGUUGGAUAUUCCAUUAGAUUUGAAGACUGUACUUCAGAAAAAACAGUUGUGAAGUACAUGACUGAUGGGAUGCUGUUGCGAGAGCUACUCACAGAACCGAAACUCGAUAGCUAUAGUGUCAUCAUAAUUGAUGAGGCGCACGAAAGAACGCUGUCCACUGAUAUUUUGUUUGCGUUAGUGAAGGAUGUAGCAAAGGUUAGGCCUGAUCUGAGGUUAAUAAUCUCCAGUGCAACGCUUGAAGCAAAAAAGUUCUCCGAAUACUUUGAUUCGGCUCGGAUUUACCUAAUCCCAGGAAGAAGAUAUCCAGUUGAAAAGCUCUUCAGAAAAUGGCCUGAACCUGACUACUUGGAGACAGUGAUUCGCACUGUGGUUCAGAUCCAUCAGACUGAGCCUAUUGGAGACAUUUUAGUUUUCCUCACUGGUCAAGAAGAGAUCGAAACAGUAGAAACGAAUUUGAAGCGAAGGAUGAUGGAUUUAGGUACAAAGGGAUCUGAGAUCAUUAUCUGUCCUAUCUACUCAAAUCUCCCAACCGAACUACAGGCAAAGGUAUUUGAACCGGCCCGUAAAGGGUCGCGGAAAGUUGUCCUGGCGACGAAUAUUGCAGAAACAUCGUUAACCAUUGAUGGGAUAAAAUACGUCAUUGAUCCAGGAUAUUGCAAGAUCAACUCAUACAAUCCGAGAACCGGAAUGGAGUCACUCCUUGUAACUCCUAUUUCCAAGGCUUCGGCAGAGCAACGAGCUGGUCGGUCUGGAAGAACGGGUCCUGGGAAAUGUUUCCGGUUGUACAAUGUAAAGGAUUUGGAGCCCACCACAAUACCGGAAAUCCAAAGGGCUAACCUUGCCAGUGUUGUGCUUACUUUGAAGAGUCUUGGGAUUCAAGAUGUGUUCAAUUUUGAUUUCAUGGACCCUCCACCUGCAAACGCUCUUUUGAAGGCUCUAGAGUUGCUCUAUGCGCUGGGUGCUUUGGAUGAAAAUGGUGAGAUUACUAAGGUAGGAGAAAGAAUGGUAGAGUUUCCAGUUGAUCCAAUGCUAUCAAAGAUGAUUGUUGGUUCGGAAAAGUACAAGUGCUCGAAAGAGAUAAUCACGAUAGCUGCCAUGUUGUCUGUAGGGAACUCGAUCUUCUAUCGACCAAAGAACAAGCAAGUUCUCGCCGACACUGCUCGGAUGAAUUUCUAUGUAGGUACAGAGAAUGUCGGCGAUCACAUCGCAUUGUUAAGGGUUUACAAUGACUGGAAGGAAAGAAACUACUCAACUGAAUGGUGCUACGAUAACUACAUUCAGAGCAAGAGUAUGAAAAGAGCAAGAGAUAUACGUGACCAGCUACUUGGACUUUUAAACAAGAUUGGAAUAGAACUUACUUCCAACCCGAAUGAUUUAGACGCAAUAAAGAAAGCAAUCUUGGCCGGAUUCUUCCCGCAUUCUGCAAAGUUACAAAAGAAUGGAUCGUACAGAAGAGUGAAAGAACCUCAGACAGUUUAUGUACAUCCUAACUCAGGCUUAUUUGGGGUAUCACCUAGUAAGUGGUUGGUGUAUCAUGAACUAGUACUUACUACCAAGGAAUAUAUGAGGCAUACAACUGAAAUGAAGCCUGAGUGGCUAAUUGAAAUAGCUCCUCAUUACUACGAGCUUAAAGACAUUGAAGAUACUCGGCCAAAGAAAAAACAGAGAAGAAGCGAAAGAGCCUCGACGUCAAAGGUUGAUACUAACAAGAAAACCCGGACCUCGAAGGUCGAUACGAACAAGAAAGCAAAGAGGUAACAACCAAACUAAACUAGUCAUUUCUCUUUACUGUUUCGGAACGAAGUUAAAACAAUUAUGAUACUAGUACUUUUUCAUCCAUUUUCUCUGAAAGAUUCUUAUAUGUUUAGUCAUCAUCAGUUUACUGACUACUGUUUAUUUCCAUCUUAUAAACGCAUGAUUCUGAG